AUGACGAAUAUUGUUCAGCCUCUCUGUGUUCCUUCUUCAUAUAAAGAUCAACAAUAUCAGGGUUUGUCAACAGAUUUUGCGAAAGAUCUUUCAAAUAGUAUGACGUUAUAUGUCAGAAAUUUUUCUUUUUAUACUACAGAAGAACAAAUUUAUGAAUUGUUUUCAAAAGCGGAAGAAAUAAAAAGAAUUAUUAUGGGUUUAGAUAAAUUUCAAAAAACUCCUUGCAGAUUUUGUUUUGUUGAAUAUUAUCAUCAUCAGAACGCAUUGGAUUGUAUGAAAUAUAUUAAUAGUACAAAAUUAGAUAAAAGAAUUAUUCGAACAGAUUUAGAUCCUGGAUAUAGAGAUAGUAGACAAUUUGGAAGAGAAAGAUCUGGAGGACAAGGACAAGUACAUGAUGAAUAUCGUUAGGAUUAUGAUACAGGACGUGGAGAUUGGGGUCAUAUUCAUGCUAAACAAGAAGCUGAACAUGCGAGAAGACAAAAAGAAAAAUAUGAAGCCAUUACUAUUAUUCCAAGUGGUGCU